AUGCAUCCAGCGAGCGUCUGGUGUGAAACGGAGGAGAACUCCAGUUCCACGUUUUCGGAGAGAUCGUUUUUUUUGACACCAGGAGGAAGUGGAAAGCUUCAGUUCUCUGCUCAUGGCCACUGUACAACAGAGAGCAUCAGGCUGCACCAGAAACAGAGAGGAGAAAUAAAGGCCGCCGGGAGCAGAGGAGAUCGGAGCUGGGGCUGGUGGAGAGGGGGCUUAGAAAAGGAAGACCUUCUCUCAAUAGCCAUCCUGGAGGCUUCCUAUUCCCAGGAAUGAGGACUGAAGCCUGGCUGGUUCCCAGAUGAUACAGUUGGGACAGAGUUUCUGGCUGUUAGCUGCUUGAAGAGGCUCCUAGUUUUUUCUUCUUCCCUCCCAGCUUUUGGAUCAGGGCUUCUGGACUGUCCCCCCCUUGGGGAGGUUGCAGCGAUAUCCCCAGCCUGCCUGCUGCCCGUCUCUGGUGGUUUGUGGGAGUCUGUGCUCCUCUCCUGUUUUGCUUCUAAAGACUCUUCCCCUGCUGCUGUUGCUCUCUCUCACUCUCUCAGCAAGAUGGCGGACUUGGAGGCUGUGUUGGCUGAUGUGAGCUAUUUAAUGGCGAUGGAGAAAAGCAAAUCGACUCCAGCCGCCAGAGCCAGCAAGAAAAUUGUACUUCCAGAGCCCAGCAUACGCAGUGUUAUGCAAAAGUACCUGGAGGAAAGAGAUGAACUAACCUUUGAGAAGAUUUUCAAUCAGAAAAUUGGAUUUUUGCUGUUUAAAGAUUUUUGUCUGAAUGAAAUUGAUGAAGCUGUUCCCCAGUUGAAGUUUUAUGAAGAGAUCAAAGACUAUGAAAAGCUGGAUUCAGAAGAGGAUCGUUUGUGUCGAAGUCGACAGAUCUAUGAUAAAUAUAUAAUGAAAGAACUACUGUCCUGUUCACAUCCUUUCUCCAAGCGAGCUGUGGAUCAUGUACAAACCCAUUUGGCCAAGAAGCAGGUGCCUCCCAGUCUCUUCCAGCCGUACAUAGAAGAGAUCUGUGACAGCCUACGGGGAAAAAUUUUUCAGAAAUUUAUAGAGAGUGACAGGUUCACUAGGUUUUGCCAGUGGAAGAAUGUAGAACUAAACAUCCAUCUAACAAUGAAUGACUUCAGUGUACAUCGUAUAAUCGGAAGGGGAGGAUUCGGCGAGGUUUAUGGUUGCAGGAAAGCUGACACUGGAAAAAUGUAUGCCAUGAAGUGUUUAGAUAAAAAGCGAAUCAAGAUGAAACAGGGAGAAACAUUAGCCCUUAAUGAGCGAAUCAUGUUGUCACUAGUCAGCACUGGGGACUGUCCAUUUAUAGUCUGUAUGACUUAUGCCUUCCAUACUCCUGACAAACUAUGCUUUAUUCUUGAUCUGAUGAACGGUGGAGACUUACAUUAUCAUCUUUCACAACACGGAGUGUUUUCUGAGAAGGAGAUGAGGUUCUAUGCUGCAGAGAUUAUGCUGGGCCUUGAACACAUGCACAACCGAUUUGUAGUAUAUAGGGACCUGAAGCCAGCAAACAUUCUCCUGGAUGAACAUGGUCACGUGAGGAUAUCAGACCUUGGGCUUGCUUGUGAUUUUUCAAAAAAGAAGCCUCAUGCCAGCGUUGGUACUCACGGUUACAUGGCUCCAGAAGUGUUACAGAAAGGAACAGCAUAUGACAGCAGUGCUGAUUGGUUCUCAUUGGGAUGCAUGCUCUUCAAACUCCUUCGAGGGCACAGUCCAUUCCGGCAGCACAAAACAAAGGACAAGCAUGAGAUUGAUCGCAUGACACUCACGAUGAAUGUGGAAUUACCAGAUUCUUUCUCUGUGGAGUUGAAGUCUCUUUUGGAAGGCCUACUACAGCGAGAUGUUGCAAAGAGGCUUGGGUGCCUGGGACGAGGAGCAGUAGAAGUGAAAGAACAUCCUUUUUUUAAAGGCAUUGAUUGGCAGCAGGUCUAUUUACAGAAGUAUCCACCUCCACUCAUUCCCCCUCGGGGAGAAGUAAAUGCAGCUGAUGCAUUUGACAUUGGAUCAUUUGAUGAAGAAGACACAAAAGGCAUCAAGCUGUUGGAUAGUGACCAAGAACUGUAUAAGAAUUUCCCUUUGGUGAUAUCGGAACGUUGGCAACAAGAAGUGGCAGAAACUGUGUACGAUGCAGUCAAUGCUGACACUGACAAAAACGAGGUUAGGAAGCGAGCAAAGAAUAAGACGCUUGGACAUGAGGAAGAUUAUGCCCUCGGAAAAGACUGCAUCAUGCAUGGUUAUAUGCUGAAACUAGGAAACCCUUUCCUGACCCAAUGGCAACGUCGUUAUUUCUACCUCUUUCCAAAUCGGCUAGAGUGGAAAGGAGAGGGCGAGUCACGGCAAAGCCUGUUAACGAUGGAGCAGAUAGUGUCGGUGGAAGAGACUCAGAUUAAAGAUAAGAAAUGUAUCCUCCUGCGGAUUAAAGGAGGAAAGCAAUUUGUGCUGCAGUGUGAGAGUGAUCCUGAAUUCAUCCAGUGGAAGAAAGAAUUAACGGAAGCCUUCAAUGAGGCCCAAAGAGUCCUCCGAAGAGCCCCUAAGAUGUUGAAUAAGUCACGUUCAGCAGUGGUAGAGCUGACCAAACCCCCUCUCAGCCACAGGAACAGCAAUGGACUUUAAGGGAGAGCGUUUUUGCGUGAGUCGGGGAAAAGAAGCAAGAGACCUGAGGAUGGUUUUGUGCAAACUACUUCUAUAUCACCUCGUACGUGGUCCAGCGUGUUGUUAUUAAUUAAUUAUGAUCCCAUAAAAUAAGGUAUAUAUAUAUAUAGAAAUAUAUAUAUAUAUGUGUAUAUAUACUAUAUAUAUGCAUACAUGUAUGUAGAUAUGAAUGUGAGACUUUUUGGAACAGUUUGGCUGUGUAUUUUCUAUUGGAAGUAUUGAUGAACGAGUGUAGCAUCUGUUAACUGAAACCACAGUAACCACUGGGGUUCUUGAGCCAACUCCACAAGAAUGGACUAGAGGAUGUUGCCAAAUAAUAUUGGAGAAUUUAUUUUGUCAUGUGUCAUUGCGCCCUGGUGGUGUUCUUUGCUUCAUAUCAGAGAGUUGGAGGAACAUUGACAUACAAAGCAAGUGGCUGACAGACCUGUGUUUUUAGCCACUGAUUCACUCAGAUUUCUUUUGCUUCUGAACUGCAACAUAUCACAUUGAACGUUGACCCAUCAUCGGUGGUGCAUCUGUCGCCAUGGUUACUCUGCUCUCAAAAUGCUGUUUUGUGACAUACUUGUCACGAAUAGCACCAUGUGCCAAUAAGUAUCAUCGUCAUCUGACUUGGGUUUCUUUUGCUGUUUCGGACUCGCUACCUUGCUACGUAUCAUGUGUUUACCAGCUGCUGCUUUCUGUAUGUACCCAACAUUGGGUGGUUGCAAACAUCAGUUGGAUGAUGGAUUACUUUAUUCCCAUGGUUAUACAGACAGUGAUAAACAACUAUGUGUUGGUGCUUGAUCUCACCCUUCACCACCACCCCCACUAUCCCAUUCCAAAUCCCUGCUAUUUGCAAUGUUUCUUUGAUGACAAGAGAAUGAUUGCUGCCAUUCUGGAUUGCCAGGUUGUCAACUUGUUAAUAUCUGCUAGCUCUCAGCUGUCACUAAGUUUUCUUGGCUACUCGAAUGUUGCUUUGUGGCCUGUUUUGUUGAUAGGGUUUCAGUGGUUGCUAGAUGACAACACAGUCACACAUCAUUGUCAAGUUUCCAUGGAUAACGAAUGACAAGGUUCUCUGUGUUUUGCCAAGUGUCUAUGGUUACUGGAUAUAUAACUAUAGUUACUGAUCAUGACCCGUCGUGCUUCUGUAAUACCUGGUGGACUAUUCUGCUACCGCUGGAGAAUUUUCAGUUAUUGUACAUAUUUAGAUGCUGAUCUACAGACCUAGUUGGUCCUGAUAUCUAUGUUCAUAGAUACUGAUCAAGGAUUACUGGAAGCCAUUCCAUUGUUAGAUUACUUGUCACAGUUUGGAGGAUUUUAAAAUCAUUGCAUGACGGGACAUUAAUGUGUGCUGCAACCUACACUUUACUCCAGUGAGAUGAAAAAAUUUAGGAAUCCCUACAUUCUACACUUCUGAUCUACGCAGCAUAUGAUUUGUUUUAUAAAGUCUUUGUCCCCUUCCCACCAUGAAGUGCAAAGUGCCAAUGGACUUUACAGAUUAAGGAAGAUUUUAAAACCAAUCUGAGAGAAAAGUAAAAUAUUUAUCAUUGAUAUUACUGUGCAAGUGUACAUAAUGUUUAAGAACUAAUAUACCAAGAAUCUAUGGUAACAACAUGAGAAUAUCUUUAAAUGGUGAUUGCAUAGCAUGAGUUGCUUUAUUGAACAUGUCUUCUAUGAACACAGUGACAAUGCAUUGUUACAUCUUAAUAACUGGUCAGUCGCAACAAGGGUCAGCUAUUAAUCCGAUUUUAGGGAGCAACAUCAACGCUGAAAUUCGUUUGGUUUUCUUUGUUGCAUUUUGUUUCAGCUACAGUACCACUAAAAUGUUUAAACCUCAUAUUUCAACUGUAAAAAUAACGGUGAUGUGUAUAGUUUUUUCAGGUUAUAUUUUUGUUUAGAACUACUGCAUUUAAUGCGUAUUGAAAUAUAAUAUUAAGCAAGGAGACAAUUGGGCUCAAAAUUUGCCACAACCAUUGCCAUGGACUACUGCUUUCACAGAAAUUGAGAUUAAAUGAUGGAACAAGGCUAGUCUGUGGUCAGUUCCAAUUGCUUUUCAUACAGGAUGAUGUCAUAAUAAUUUCUGUUGCCAAGUGGGAUAAUGUUGCUAGCUUACUUUUGAAUCAGUAAUAAAUAUAUAACCUGACUUUGUCAAGAGUGUGGGGAGACAACACUGCUGAUCCUAAGGGUGUAAGUUCAAUUAGUUAACAUUGAUAUUUAUCAUACAAUAAGAAAACCAAUUUUUAUUUCUUGCUUAUCCCAAAAAUCCCACCAUUUUAUCUGUUUCUUUCCUUUCCACUUUCACCUCCUGCUCCUUAAAAAAUGAAAUUGGAUACAAUUGUAUCUGUACUAUUUUGUAGCGCCACCUAGUGCACGGGCAACACUGGUGGCAAUUCCAUAGAUGGGAUUGUUUUCCUUCUCUCACUUUAUACAUUAGUGUAUGUUGAGUUGAUGCAAUAUUGUCAGAUUUCAGACUCAGGAAGUAUUAGUACAGCUUGUAUGUUCUUAAAUGAGACAGUUAGUCUGUACAGGCCACCUCUUAAAAGAAAUAGUGCCUAAAGUGCAGCAUGCACAUGCAAAAUUAUACGGUCAACUGAUCUAACCAAUAAGUGCCCAAAUCUGUAACAAGAACUCACUAAUUCUGCAUUGUUGCAGGAGUUAGCUCUGAUAUUGCACUUUGUUUUUUGCAGUUUAUUUCCUGAUCAAAAAUUAAUUUUUAUUCAGAGAAAAUUCUACUGAAAUUAGCAUGGAUCCCUCAGCAUAGUAACCUCAAUUCUUUAAAGCUCAGUAGAUUUUUGCCUAUUCCAUCUCAUCAGAGAGCAAAAGGGAAAAUUGGACAGGGAAGAGUAUAAGUCCUGAGCAGAACCUUGGAGUUCCUUCCAUGUGCCUGUAUGGGGGUGUGCCAUCCUCACUGUUCAAUUUCCCUUUCCAUGUUGUACCUAGGCAGUGCUUUGAAAAAUGACAAAAUCUGUCUCAUCUUUUGUCAAACAAUACUAAGAAUGAUUCCACCAAUAGUGCCCUAAAAAUGCAUGUUAUAUCAGUUAGUGUUACGUAUCAUGCACUGAUCAACUUUAUUUCUGAAAGGUUCAACACAAAUUAAGUGCCAUGACCCAUGGUGGUUUAAUAAUGUACAAUGGCUGAAAUUGUUAUAAAAAUACCUAAACUUGGAAAAACACAAGCAGCAUAGAAAGGACGAAUAUUCUGAUGACAUAAUCUAAUUAACAGGUCCUCCAUAUAAAAAACUGAAUGCUAGUUGCCAAUGCUCUUUUAUAUCAUGGCAGAGGCAAAUUGCUCAUUUGAAGCAAAUGAUCUUACGAAUUCAGGAGUAUCUUCUUUGAAUCAGCUUUGGAUUCAACCAUAAUUGAGAACUUUUGGUGUUUGAAUUUGUGAAAGAGGUUUAAUGCACAUUAUAUAAUGCAUUACUUGGAGCAGUGAUUUGUACUUCAUAUGAACUCCAUAUCAAUGAAAGGUGCCCAUUCUACUGGUAAGUGUUACAGUGUCUUUGAUGUCUAUAUUAUGUAAAUAUUCUUAAACAAUGCACAUUUUGUCAGUAUUAUUGUGAGAAUAUAAAACCGAGAAGCUACAUAAGAACAUUAGAAUUUGUGAAUAAGAUGCCACUAUUUGUAAUAUUUAUUACACCAUAUGCAUUAUUAAUAAAAACAAUGGACCCCAAAUGGAUGCCAACUAUGUGCACCUUUGGUUGGUGAAAAACAUUGUUGUAUUUCUGCUAGAUCUAUGAAUUGUCCCCCUUUCCACCAUAUUUUUAAUAAUGAACAUAAUGUUUCAUAAGCCACUAUGAAAGAGAAAACUCACUAAACUAAAUUUAAUUUGUUAAGAGUUUAAGAUUUUAAUUGUUAUGUUUUGCAUAUGCAGUAGAAACUAUUGAUAGUAAACAUUUUCUUAGGCUUUGUUUCUAUGACAAAAGGCUGUCCUAAACUCUGAAAACAAGUGUUUAGCAGUAUUGUUAUACUUUGUUAACAUGUCUUUUAGAUGUUAAUACUAAAUUGUAACACAUUUAUCACAAAACAUAAUACAGGUAAACCUAGCUGAAAUGUUACUAUACAGUUACACAGGAUGUAGGAGUUACUAAUGACUUCAGUUACUGGCUUCUCCAUCUAGUUAAAGGUGCAUGACCAGAAAUAAUGUUAAGCAUUUCUUGCUUACUUGUGACACAAUCUGGUAUUUUAUGGUGGAAAUUGCAUAUGGUAGUGUUUGCUCUCCAUAUGUAAAGAUAUACCAUAAACAUGAAAUAGGUAAGGGAGGUUUGUAAUAUUUAUAAAAUUGCGAUCAUUUGCAGUUUUCUAUAAAUUGCAGAGUAUUAAAAUGUACAUCCAGUGACCAUAAGGACAUAUUCGUUGCAAUGAUACUGUUAACAUGAAAUGGUGCAAUAAUUCCCAUUUAUUUACCAGCUAGACAACAUUGAGUUUUGUCUUUCAGUUGAUACAUCACAUAGAGGGGGUCAGCAGAUUUAGUAAAGGACAAUGUAAUAAUCAUCUGAUCUUGGCCCUCAAUUAACAGCCCUAAUGUUUGCAUCGUAACCUUAAAGAAAUCCUGGACCAGCAAUCAGCAUGAUCAUGGGAGAUCCUUUCAAUAAAAUGUAAAUGGCAGGCACCCAGGUGAUUGGGGCACUUCAUUGUUGUCCUUUUGACUCAGAGGCCAGAAGGUAGUAGCUCUAUUGCCAGUCCAGGCGAUGCUAUUUCUUCCAAUCUCCAGAAAGAAAGUCAGGUUAACCUCAACCCACAAAUCCUUGAUUGGAGUCCCAGCCACAUCGUAGUUUCACAUGGUGUACUGGCUGCCAUUGAGCUACUUGACUAAUGCAUAGCUAAUUAGGACAUGAAUUCCUAGUGUUAGGAGUGCCUAUCCCUGUCACAGCAAUGUUGUUGACCUUGUUGGUGUUAGGCUUUGACUCGAAAAUGAACACAGUUCAGUGGGAUGUUCAACAUUCAGUCAAACUGGUGUAUCAGGUUUUCUUCCUAAUUUGGGGUUCUUUCAAUGCAGUCAGACUCAGCUUACAAUUUAGAGAUGCCGGUGUUGGACUGGAGUGUACAAAGUUAAAAAUCACACAACACCAGGUUAUAG